UCCAUAGUAAAAUUCCUCAUGUGUGUGAUUUAAAACGAAACUACUUGAAAUUAGGAUUUCCUUCGUUCAAAGAGAAAGGGUGGAUAUAUUUGUUGUAUCUGCCCGAUCGGAAUCGAGUGAUGACUGAGCGUUAAAGUAAGCAAUGGCAAGUAGCCUUUUUAAUUUACCUUAGAGUCUGAAAUUCUGUUGUUGAUAUCUAAAAGGCAUGGAAGGAAGUUAAAAGAAAAUGUAAAAUCAAGUGGUAGAGGAAUCUUUUGGCUGUUAUAUAUGACCUGUUCUUGUGAGCUUCCGUGUUCCUCGUUACAAUAAGGAAAUGAACGUGAAGUUAAAGUCAGUGACCUCAUGUCCUACAAACGCCAGUUCGUGGCUUAACAACGGCAUUAAGUUACAGUGUCCUAAUGACACACUAGGAAGAAACCUUUACCAGUGUGUACCUAAUGACAACAGAUCUUCACUUGUUGAGUUUUGUCUUCAAGGGAGUAUUGGCAGAUAUGGAGCAAAUUUGUGUCCUUACGCUGUAUCUACUGGACACCUGGACGCUCUAAACUGCUCAACGUUUCUCAGAGGUUGUCCAAAAGAAGCCUACAAUACAAAUGAAGUGUAUAAAUAUCCCGCCUGUUUAGAAAUAAAUUCAGAGAAAAGAUGCUAUUUGGCAAAAGAAAACUGCCCAAACGAUUCAAUGUCAGUAUUCCCAAACACUAGCUAUGUAUACCAACCAGAGGAUGAUACCACGAAAAUUAUUGCUGGAGUCGUUUCCACAUGCAUCAUUGCCGUGAUUGUUUUUGUAGCUUUAUAUAUACUUCACAAGAGACGUCAAAGGUCCUCACGCCGCAAGUCAAACAACGCAGGCAGUGAAGAAGAACUAAAUCUUUUUCUUCCUAGACAAAGGAGAUCAG